AUGAUUUUAGAAACCUUCCGAAAAUUCUCCAACUCUACAGGACUGAUGAUGAACCCUAACAAAUGCAAAAUAUAUUUUGGGGGUUUGGAUAUGGAAACCAGAAAAACUUUGAAGGAACUGUUAGGAUUCCAAGAAGGGGUAUUACCUUUCAAAUACUUGGGAAUUCCCUUAUCGAGCAAAAGACUAACCAUCAAUCAUUUUAUGCCCCUGGUGGAUAAAAUAGUGGCUAGAAUACAUCAUUGGUCCUCUAGACUACUUAGCUAUGCAGGAAGAAUGCAACUAGUCAAAAGCAUUUCUUAUGCAAUGGCACGGUAUUGGAUGCAUUGCCUUCCCCUACCCAAAUGCGUGAUCAAGAAGGUAGAUGCAAUUUGCCGAAGUUUCAUUUGGACAGGAAAAGAUAAUGUGAGCAGAAAAUGCCCGGUGGCCUGGAAAACCGCUUGCAGCCCAACUGCUCAAGGUGGGAUGAACAUCUUAAACCUUCAAACCUGGAACAAUGUACUUCUCUUGAAAUGUAUGUGGAACAUUUGCAACAAAACCGACACACUGUGGGUCAAAUGGAUCCACGCGCACUACUUAAAGGGCAAGGACGUGAUGACGUAUGAAAGCAAAACACAUAAUUCGUGGAUCAUACGGGGCGUCUUGAAACAAAGAGAUUACAUGGACAAGGUCUGGAAUGAAUGGAACCAAGCUAUGACUACACACAAAUUUAAAGCUACAGUCUUUUAUAAGAUACUAAUUGAUAAUGGCACAAGAGUACCUUGGAGAAAACUGAUUAGAUUCAACAAGGGACAACCGAGAACAGUACAAUGUUUAUGGCAAGCUUGUCAAGGGAAGCUUGCAACCAAAGAAAGGUUGAAACGUUUCGGAAUGAUUGAAGACAACAUAUGCAGUUUGUGCAAAUCUGAAGAAGAAACGAUGAACCACCUAUUUUUCCACUGUCCAAGAAUAAAACACAUAUGGAAGGAAACCCUCGAGUUGUUUAACAUCCAACAUGAAUCCCAACAAUGA